AUGGGCGAGACUCGGGAUUAUUACGCGGACCUGGAGUUGCCUCCAACCGCAGAUAUAGCAGAGAUUAAGAAGCAGUUCCGCAAACUUGCCCUGCAAUACCAUCCUGAUCGAAACCCUGGACGAGAGCAGGAAGUGAACGCAAAGUUUCAAAUCAUCCAAUCUGCCAACGAAGUCUUGGGAAACGCGGAAGAGAAAGCGAAAUACGACGCAUCGUACAGUGGAAGAACUGGUCGUUAUCCUACGGCGUCUGGUCGCAAGGGCAACCCAUGGUCCGAGGCGGCACAAAACUUCCCUCCGCCGCCACGUCGCAAUCCUCCUACCGGGAAGCCAGCAACUUCCAGUGGAGGAGCUCAAAGAUGGUCCUCGAGAUUUGCAGCUGGCGUUCCGCCAACAGCCAAGCAAUUCUUCACCAAUCCAGAUCCCGAAACCAAGAAGAAUGCAGCCAAGGCUUUUGACACCAUGCGUAAGUCUCAGGCAAAGAAGCCCCAAGCGAAGCCCGAACCACCGCCGCCUCCUCCUCGUACGCAAACUGGCAGAGAGCGCGCGGAGGCGUCGUUUGGCACAAGAAAGGCUAGCCAGGCAACUCGGCUACCGACAGACGAAUAUGACCCCUCCCACAGGAAACCGGCACCGCAGCACUAUGGGAUCGGUUCGCAGCCGCAGCCUCCCAUGCCAGACCCUCUGAGCCAGUUCAGAGAUAAUGGCGCACAAUCGGAUGCUCGCUAUAGUUCGCAGUACACCACACAAGGGGGAGAAAAGAUUGACCCGUUUGAGGGCAUGAAGAGGACUCACAACAUGAGAAAUAUGGGAGAUGAUGGUACUCAGCAAUCGCGGGCCGAUGACUUGGACAAUGGCUCUGCUGGUGCUUACGCGAAACCUUCUGUUUUCCAGCAGUCGGCUCAGGGCAAAGGCAAUGUUGAUAGCACACGCGCCCAGCCAGACACGGAAUCAAUGUAUGCAAAUCCUCCCAGAACACAUCCGCAGAAGAUAUUUACAUCGCUUUCGCCCCGAAACAAACCUAUCAUGUCAUCAUUCUACUUCGGAUCGUUAUCAAGUGUAUACAAUCCUCAACCCGACCAUUUAGCAUCCAGUGGAUGCCAAGUACUACCGCAAGACAGUCCACAAUUUGAGAAACAACUGCAACACCUGCUUGCUCGUUUGAUUGAUGCCAACGACCCCAGCCCGUUAUCUUCACACAAUGACCCCCACAUGCAAAGAAUAGAGCUUGCUGACAAGGCUUGCAAUAACAGCUUCAAUCUCAAGGUCGAUGAUGAUACGUUUACCCAAUCAGAUCACAGUCGAUCAUCGUCACGCCGACGCCCGACUCACCAAACAAGUUUUGAUAAGACUAACGUAGAUGGAAUCAACACCAAAUUCUCCAAAGAGUUUGCGGACAAGCUAUGGAAUUUUAAAGCAGGAUCGCCUACAUCCGAGAAGCCAGGUGCUCAGUCGCCUAGCACGCAGUCACCGAACCCAAACCAGAGCAAUGCGCCGCAUAGUAGUGCAGCUGGCGCAACGGAAGCGUCAACCCAAGAGACGGGCUUUAACCCGGGUGGAUGGAGUGACAAGUUUGGCCCUCAAACAUUUGUUCCGCAACAGGCGCCUGGCAGUUCAUCAUCACCAACGAGGGCGUCGCGUACAAAUUCGAGAAAGAACAAACCAGUCAAGUCGAAUGCGAAUAAUCCCAUUGUCAUUAAUGAUAGCGAUGAAGAGGACAUAUUUGAGUGGUCUGGACGCAAGGGUCAAGGCCAGGACCAGUCGACAGAAAGCCCCCAAGAGAUGGAUAUAGACACUCCCCCCACUGUCCCCCCUCGACCGCCACCCUCCGCCCGUGGUAUCUACGUCGAGCCAACUCGACCCGAAUGGCGAUCGGACAACUUGAAGCCGGCGGCGGAGAGCUCUGCGCCAGCAAGUCACGUUGGAACACCCUCCGCACCAAAUGUAGGAGGCUCUGAAGACAGUGAAGAGUUCAUGGCGAGCUUUGGAGAUUUGAAGAAUGUGGCGCCGUUUGCGCAGCAAAAGGCAGGACUGAAAUCGUUCGCUGACCUCAAAGACAACCUUCCCUUUGAGUCUAAGGCGUCUGGUGAAGUGCCAUUACGAAUGCCCAAAGUCCAACCUCUCGUCUUCCCUACGCCGCCUCUCGCACCGCGUCCGCCACCAACUGCUGCCAUUGACAGUAUAACGCCCAGCGAUAGCUCAUGGAACAAGUACCUUGAUGACUUUGGGAUGUACCUUCAGGAAUGGGAACUUUUCAACACGCAGGUCGUCGAUCACUUUGCGACGAGAAACGCGCACAUCCGGCGCGAUCGUGAGUCCAAGGGCUACGCUUUUCUGGGCUCGCGCUCAGAGAUUGAGAUUCAAGAGUACAUAAGCUGUGUUCAGCAGGAUAAUGAUGUGCGGCGACGAUGGAACGCCGCGUCUGAAGGCCACGAGGAGAGAUUCCGAGAGUUUAUGGCGUUUCGAAACAAGAUGAAGAAGAAGAAUGGACAGUAA